CUUCUCGGCGUUUAACGAGAUCAUUUGAAAUUUUUGUUCGAAAUUCUUCAAAUUUACCAACGCUGUAAUGAGCCGCUACUACGACGAUAAAAGCGACAGCAGUUCGGCCUGCUCUCGCGAGCUGGAACUGGUGAUUGACAUUUUCGAUGACGGCAAAAUUCAGCUAGCUUCUCCUGAUAAUUGUGACGAACGUCGCGGUAGUUACGAUUUGGAAAUAGUUUAUCCGGCGGAGCCUUCGUUGGAACAUAUUUUUGAGAGCGGUGACAGAAAUAGAAAUACAUCGGAGCAGAACUUUCUUCAGGUAUCCGACGCAAGCGAUAGUGACUCGGAUGUAGAGCGGGAACUGGUGGAAAUGUGUCCCCGUAAAUGCAAAUGCUGUCCCAUUGGUAGCGACGGCCCGGAUGAUAUGGUGAUGAUGGAGGCGAACAUUUUGGUGAAGAUUCCUAUAAAAAGGGAGUGCUUCGAACGAUUGAUAGGAGCUGCACGAUCUUAUCAGCUUGGUUUGAAGUGA